AUGUGGGUGGGCGGUGAAACAUCUGCUAUAUGCACCAAACUCCUGGAGGUGGCGUCAGGUUAGGCGGAAACAGAUAUUUAAACAGUCUCACAGCAAACUCAGGAAGAUGACGGUCACAACUUUAAAUACAAGAGAAAAAUGGAUAUGGACUCCUUUGUUUGAUUUAAAAACUUAAGAUGCUAAAGUACGCAGCUGUAAAAAUAAUGUUAACAUCUUCUGGUAGAGUUCUGUUGGUUAUUCUACCAGUUCCUGAAAAAGAGAAGGAGCAGAAUAAUGUAAAUUUGACUUUCAAAACCGCAGAAACUGGUCGACUUGUUCUGUUUAAAGAAAAGGUGAUGAAAAUGUUGUCAUUUUAGGGUUUCAAAGAUUCGGGAACCAUUAUUUUACACAGCGUUUUAGUAUGAGGGUGGUAUAUUCCUGAGUCUGUGAGGAGCCGAGAGAUUUCUUUGGAUUAUCUGUGUUCGAUAAGAGUCUCUGCAGACACGAUGACUCCUCCUCCUCCCUGAAAUGUCAGGGUUUUACUGUGAAUGAUAAUCACACACACUCUGCCAUUAUACUGUCGUCUUUAACAGGUUAUUUAUCGGAGGCUUUACUGCGCGUAUAAAAUAAUAUCCAGUCGUAAAAACACUUUAGUAAAAUCACCCAGUGGGGAGCCUCCAGCACCAGCAGACUGCUGUCACUCAGCUGCUGAGCCCUUUAAAGGACACUGGGGGGCUCUUAUAAAUAUUCACAUGGUGAGCGAUGCUAACAGAUGCCGUAGCUCGCCAUGAUGUGACAGAGCGCACAAAUAUUCUUUACCUUUCAGAUGGCGAGUCGCACAGGUCACGUUAGUAGCGUCUGGUGAACACAGCUCAGUUAAAGGAAUAUUUCAGCGUAAAGUUAAUUUAGGGCCGAACACACUGUAACACUGAGUAAGACAACCCCAAGAUAGCAAUACAUAAACCUCAAUAAAUAAACCUCAACCACAGCGCCACUCUAUAGCCACAAAUAAUGCUCAGAACAGCACCUAACUUCAUCAACAGGACAUAUAGGGUCACAGCCAUAGUACUAGACACCAAACAUCUUUUUAACUUUGACUAAUUUCACCUACUCUCUUCCAGCAGCCGCUUGUUUGUAUCGAGACCUCAGGCCAGUCCAUUAGGGACUACAGCGGGGUGCCGCAGCUCAAGGAAGAACAUUUAUGAUCAUUACUUUAUGGAAAUGCAAUUAGACCGAGAUGCUAAGGUAGAAGAACUACCGUGUCUGCAGAGAAAAAUGAUUAAUAUGGUGAUUAUUACUUCAAGGAAAUGAUAAAGAAAUGAUCAUAAAUGUUCUUCCUUGAGCUGCGAAACUCCAAUGUAGUCUGUAAUGGACUGGCCCGAGGUCUCGAUACAAACAAGCGGCUGCUGGAAGAGAGUAGGUGAAAUUAGUCAAAAUUAAAAAGAUGUUUGGUGUCUAGUACUAUGUCUGUGACCCUAUAUGUCCUGUUGAUGAAGUUAGGUGCUGUUCUGAGCAUUAUUUGUGGUUAUAGAGUGACGUUUUGGUUGAGGGCGUGGCUCUCUGUUGCUAUCCUGUGGUCGUUACUAAAGUUGGUAUAACUAGAGAAGCAAGCGGUUGGCUACAUUCAUCUCUCGAGAGGAUGUCUAACUCAAUGUGUGUUUGACCCUAACUUAAUUUCACACCAGAAUACCCCUUUAAUGUACGCUGCUUUAUCUCGAAUCUUAUUGGACAGGAUGAAAAUGGUCACUUUUGCAGUACUUCAGGGUCUCUGUAAAAUCCCUCGAUUGUCUCUUUUUUUCUCUCUUGUUUGACACUCCCAGCAGCUCUCGGGUCUGAACUGCAGAGCGCGGCAGUCAGGAGGUUGUUUUACUCGGCAGUGAAGGUGAUCGCUGCAGUUUAACUGAUUUGAGCUCAAUUUACACUGAUAUUUAUAAUGCAAUUAAACUCACACAACCUGCAGGUUUAUUUGCGCGGCGCUGGGCGGGAGUCGAACGAUUAUCACUUCACCCUGCAGCUCGUGGAGACGUACAGGAAUGAUUGAAAUUAAAAAAAAUAAAUUCUUUUAAUUCGAAUCACCUCUCAGAUCUUUUCUCAUUACUCCCUCGUCCAAUUGGAUCACUAAUGGCGACGCCUGUGACUCUCGGCGCCGCUCGGCCCUCGGCUCCCCCUGCCCGGUUCACCUAAUGUGAGGACACUUCUGGCAUUUAGUUGAUCAUUUUCAUCGGUGUCGCACGUGCGGCGCCCCCAAUAUCGCCCACCGUCACUCAUCAUUAGCACGUUUAUAAGCACGCGUCCACCGGCGGGCCUCGCGGGGAAUUUAACCAUUUGCAUAGAAAAAUUGCUUUCCUCCAUGCGCUGAGAAAUGACUGUUUUGCAUAAUUACAAAUGAUGUGCGGCUGCUGGACCAGACUGACAUGUGCACGUGGGAGAAUUAGGGGGAGAAUGAGGCUGUGAUUGAUAUGAUGUGUGUCGGAGGACAUGGAGGACGAUCACAGCGAGAAAUGAUUUGGUUUCAUCUGUUUGGAGGAGGGGAGUUUAUUUUAUUUCUGCUUUGAAGGAAAUAAAAUGAAGCGUUGUUUCCCCCUCAUGUUCUGCACAAAAACGUUCAUUUUUUUAUGCACGAAUAAGUACCCAGCAAUAUAAUUAAUAAGCAGCUGCAGGUUCACGCCUCAGAGCAACACGUGAGUAUAAUUAAAGUCAAUGAAGAGCUUCCCCCUCGCUCUCCGUUAAACGACCUCCAACUCUAAUUGCUGCUGCAUCGACCGAAAUCAGUUUUUACUCACAUCUUUUUAAAAAAAACGCAGCGGUUCUUCAUGUCACAUGAAAAGUUAAAGCUCAGUUUGGAUUCUGUUUGGUGUUGUGAAGCUCCUCAAAAGUUCCGCAGUUAUGCCUAACACUCCAGUCAAUCCCCCCGCAGGCUACGACAUAUAUUAUAGAGCAGCUGAGUGAAAGGAGUUGAGCAGCACUAAUCAGUCCCUGUGAGAGGAGCCGGUAUGUCUGCUCAGCAUUCACAGGUUUAAUGUGGACUCUGAUUUACAUGCCUCAGUGUUGAGAGUCUGUCUGUUAGAGGCUACAGGAGUUCACAGAUGGACACCAGAAAACAACAUGGAAGAUCUCCGUCGUAUCAAAUGUCAAAAAUUAAAAAAAACUAAAAUCACAGUUUAAAUGUUUAGAGACAGAGGAGACCAGUUUGUCCAGUUCUGGAAGUAAAACGUUGACCAGUCUUUACUUUUUACAGGAUUUCAGCUGCAGGAUUUUGCUUCCAACUCGUGACAGUUCAGGGGCCUGUUCUACGAAGCAGGAUUACUGCUUAGCGAGGUAUCUUCGAGGGUUUCCUGUUCUACGACGCGGGUUCACUUCGUAGCGAGGUUAGCCGUUCCUGAUUGAACUCAUCGAGUAUAAAAGCCCCGCCCACUGACCAAUGAGCUCUCUUGAAAAAUGGCUUGUCCGUUCUUGGAGGAUCCUGUAGACCUCGGUGCUCGCAUUGUCCGAUGAGCACUCCGGCGCGCGAGAGUUUUCAGGGACCGCACGGACCCACGUACUUCUCCGGAUGAACACCUUUAUGAAAGGCUCAUAUGGCCGACAUAUCACACAAAACAUGUAAACACAAUAGGAAUGAACACAUGAAUGAAUUCAUCUUGGAAAUGAAUUAGACAUGUCUGCUGCUUGUUAAAAGCGCAUGUUGAACAGAGUUAUUUCAGGGUGAUAAUGGCAUCACUGAUUUUUUGCGCACUGUACUUCCGAAUUGAGACUGUCGGCAAUUUCUUUGCAUUUCCAUGAAGAAAUGAUCAUAAAUGUUCUUCCUUGAGCCAUAAACAAACCUCAACCAAAAUGUCACUCUAUAGCCACAAGUAAUGCUCAGAACAGGACCUAACGGACUACAGCGGGGUGACGCAGCUCGAGGAAGAACAUUUAUGAUCAUUUCUUCAUGGAAAUACAAUCAGACCGAGACGCUAAGGCAGAAGAACUACCGCGUCUGAAGUGCAAAAUGAUCAAUAUGAUGAUUAUUACUUCAAGGAAAUGAUAAAGAAAUGAUCAUAAAUGUUCUUCCUUGGGCUGCGUCACCCCGCUGUAGUCCGUAAUGGACUGGUCUGAGGUCUCUUCAUCUCUCGAUGAGGUGUCUAACUCGGUGUGUUUGACCCUAAAUUAAUUUUACACCGGGAUAUUCCUUUAACACAUGUAUAAGCUGUAAAGCUGCUCUACAGGUGUACCAGACUGACGUACUGUUAAGUGAAAAUGAUUAUAGGAUUUCCUUUCAUCAAAUCUGUUGCAGCUUUUAGAGUCGAACGUGCCAGAACAAGUGUUCCCGAUCCGUCCGCCAGCUCUCCAUUGUCACGGUUUCCUGUGUUUGUUCGAGGACUGAGCUCAGACUUCCACCACCAGGCAGAACUUUCCAUCGAUGCCAUUUCUCGGCCAACUUCCUCCUUUAUCUGUCUCGCUCGGGUGGCGCCGGCAGUGGAGGAGAGAAGCGCCGCGCUGAAAACCACGAAGAAGAAGACUGGAGGUGAUAACAGAGCGGGAGAUAAAAAGAGACAGAGAAAACGCACACACAAGGAUGUGUUUGAGAGCUAUUAG